AUGUUCAGCCUCCGGCGACUCCUCUUGACCGCCACCCUCCUUCUUGGAGUUAGCGUGGUCUGCUUCGCCCAGGUGGCCGAGGCUGCCAAGGGCCCAAAGAUCACCCACAAGGUCUACUUCGAUAUCACCCACGGCGACGAGCCUCUGGGCCGCGUCGUCCUGGGCCUGUAUGGCAAGACCGUCCCCAAGACGGCCGAGAACUUCCGCGCCCUCGCCACCGGCGAGAAGGGCUUCGGCUACGAGGGCUCGACCUUCCACCGUGUCAUCAAGAACUUCAUGAUCCAGGGCGGCGACUUCACCAAGGGCGACGGCACCGGUGGCAAGUCCAUCUAUGGUGAGAAGUUCCCCGACGAGAACUUCAAGCUCAAGCACACCAAGAAGGGUCUUCUGUCCAUGGCCAACGCCGGAAAGGACACCAAUGGCUCCCAAUUCUUCAUCACCACCGUUAUUACCUCUUGGCUUGAUGGCCGCCACGUCGUCUUCGGCGAGGUCCUCGAGGGCUACGAGAUCAUCGAGCAGAUUGAGAAUGCCGAGACUCUCCCCGGCGACAAGCCGGUAAAGACGGUCAAGAUCGCCAAGAGCGGCGAGCUGGAGGUCCCCGAAGAAGCCGAGAAUGACGACAUUGCAUUCUCAGACGACUUUCCCGUCUCGGAUGACACUCUCGUCCUUGAUGACAUUACCCCCUCGAACGGCGAGAGCUGGUCAAUCCUCAAAAAGGCUUUCCUCUUUGGCGUUAUCAUGGCUGCUGUUGUACUCUAUGUUCGCUCGUCUAAGCGGGGUCAGGGGUGGGAGGAAGUUCGUCACGAGAAGUCAUUGGCGGACGCGGAGCUGGUCCACGAUGACAUCGACGUCAACCCGGAGCUCCUCACUAACGUCCUGACCCGCGUAGACUGGAAGGCCCUGAGGACGACUUCGACAGAGCUUGGAUUCCCCGAGUUGCCGGAUCAACCGCCCACGGCCGAGGAGCUGCAGGCGGACGACAAGAUGCUCAAGGAGCUGCACACCCUCCUGCUGGAGACGCAAAUCAUGGAGGGCAAGCUGGUCUGCGGGGUCUGCGGGCAUGAGUACGCCGUCCGGGAGGGGAUCGCAAACUUCCUGCUGCCCAGUCACCUGGUAUGA